GUUCUUCUUGUCGAACAAGGGUAAUAAAACAUCUUGCAAAAGAGUUUAACUCAUUAUCAGAAGCAGAGGAGUGUUUACAAAUUGAUUAUAUAUCUAGCAGCAAUGACAGUGUUGAUAUUACAGCAAGAAUUAAUGGUUGUCAAACCCCACAAACAUCCCCUGCUGUUGAUGAACCAUUGUCACCAGUUUUUGCAUCAUCUCCAACAAUUCCACCAGAUAAUAACAAAGUUCCCUGUCAUGUUGGUGACCUAAUAAAAGAGUUUUUGGCAUGCUUUAAAGGCCCAAUGUCAUAUAGACUAAAGACACAGCUUUUGAACUAUUUAUUCAAACUUAUUGUGAUGGAAAUUGGUGGGAUAGAGUUGUUCAAAUUUGUAAAUCCAGACUUCAUAAAUACAAGUUUAAAUGCAACAAAGACUCUGCUUGAUGAAGGAAAGCACAACUUGAUUUUUAAUUUGUGUCAAUGUUUUCAAAGAACAGACGCAGGAACUCCCACCAGAAUGCCAUUGGACAGAAUGCCAUAUGGCAUGCUUGACUAUAAUAUACGGUUUUUUGCAAGUUCUCAAACAAGAAAGCUGGGCUAUGAAGAACACUAUGCUUCCUGGCUCGAGACAAUGUUUUCGCAAUUCGGGCACAAGUGGUUGUGCUUGCACAGAGGGCCAGUAUGGCAAUACCAAGAGAGUAGCAAAUUAGAGAUUGGCGAAGGCAAAUCCCUUGUAGAAAUUGCACUUGAUGAGAGUGGAAUUGAACUAGAAGAGCAAGUAUAUGAGAAUGAUGAUGACAUAAGCCAAAGUGAUUUCCAGCAAUCAUUAACCAACUUGAUUUGCCUUUCUAAUGAUGGAACUUUGGAGAAUGUUGAGUCAAGUUUGGACAAUUUGACAUUAUUUGAUUAUGACAAUAAUGAAGUUGAAACUGGCUAUUUGGAAAUUGAAUUACAACCAACCAGCGUGGCACCUGCCUUGCCUGUCAAUGAGCAGAAUGGAACCACAGUUAAUGAGAAUUCUAAAGAAUCUGAAUGUAGCGAAGUCUUGCAAACUCUAAGUGUUUCAAACCUGUGGAGUCAAUUGACUGAUGAUGAACAAAGUGAAAUGGAAAAGGGGCUAAUAAGUUCAAAAGAAAUGGAAACAUAUCAUGGCAUACAACCAGGUUUACAAAAGAAAGUUAAAAGAAAUUCAGGUUUAUUUGAUCCUAUGAAG